GUUCCGGCUGCAGUCCGCGGCGGAAGACUCGGCCUCCGCGCUUGCUGCGCCCCUCGGCCUUGCGCUCGCCGCCGGCGGAGCGGUCUACGCCGCGGGCUGGCUGCUGCUGCCGCUGGCUGGCGGCGCGGCGGCGCAGGGGUCCAAGCUACAGAAGCUGCUGGCUGGGGGCGAGGCAGGGGAGGCGGGUGAAGACAGCCAAGUGCAGGGCGGCGCUGAGAAAUCCAGCGGCGCGGAGGCCGCGGCGGCGCGCGCGGACGGCGACAACGGAGGACCGGCGCCCGCCGGGGCCGAGCCGGGGGCGGAGGCAGAGCCAGGCGAGGGAGCGGGGGCUGCGCCCGCGGGCCGCGGCCGGCGGGGCAGCGCGGGGCUCGGCAGGCUGCUGGAUAAUGCGGACGGCGCGGGCGCCUCUGCGCUCGCCGCCGCCGCAGCAGCUGCGGCGGCAGCGGCGGCCGCGAGGGCUGGCGGCGACGCCGGCGCGUUGACGGCGGCGGCGGCGGGCGGCGGCGGCGGCGGCGUGCUGUGGCAGCGGGCUGACCCAGAGGGUGGGGCCGGUGCGGCGUCGGCAGGGCCGGUUCUGUGGGAGCGACAGGAGCAGCAGCAGCAGCGGCAGCCCCAGCCGCAGCCACCUUUGGCAGGCGCCGCAGGUCCGGCCGCCGCCGGCGUGGGCGGUGGCGGCGGCGUGCUGUGGGUGCGACCCGAACCGGCAGCCGCGCCCGCCGCGCCGCAGCCGCGGGCGGGUGCCGCGAGGGCCGGGCCGGUGCGCGGCGCGGCGCGGGCAAGGGGGCCGUCUCUUCUGGACAAUGCCAGCGAAGGCGAGGCUGCGGGGCAGGGGUUGGAGCCCUCGAUUUGGCCAUACUCAUGGCCAGAGCAGCAGCAGCAGCAGCAGCAGCAGCAGCAGCAACGGCAGCAGCAGCAGCAGCAGCAGCAGCAGCAGCAGCAGCAACGGCAGCAGCACCCAUGGGGCCGCAACGGCUCUGAAGGGAUGGCUGGCGCCAUGGGCGACAUUGCUCGGGAGCCGCAGCAGUGGCAGGCUGGGAUGCGGGAGCCGCUGGGGUGGGGCUGGCAGCAUCAUCAGCAGCAGGAGCAGCAGCAGGAGUGGCAGCGGCGGCAGCAGUACGCCGACGAGGGGCGGCCUCGCGCGGCCCAGCCAGCGCAGCCCCUGUCCGCCCGGCUGCAGGCGCGCCGCGUGGCGCGGCGCGAGGCGUGGCUGCGAGGCCUGUGGGCGGCGGAGGCCAGCACCGUGUCUGCGGACCCGUGGCGCACGGCGCCAGCGGCGGCUGCGCCGUCGUUGCAGCAGCUGCGGCUGCUCGGGCUCGCGGACCCAUCUGGGUACCUCCUGCACCUCCCAGCCGGAGGGCACGGCCACGCCGCCGCCGCCGCGCCCGGCGGCAGCCCCUGGGAGGCGGCCGCGCCGGCGGCUGCAAGCUCCGCGCGUGGCCCCGCUGCUGCCGCCGGCAGUGGUGGCGGCGAGGGCGGCCGGGGCGCGGCGCGCGCGGCGGCGGUGGGGGCGCUGGCACUGGACCCGCCUGAUCUGUCUGACAUGGCGACGCGCUACAAGCAGCUGCUCGACAAUUUGGAGGGGGUCGACAUCUGA